CUAAAUAAUAACUCCACAAACCAGCCAUGGUGAAUUUCGCUCCGACCGCUUUCCUGCUCCUGCAACUCUCUUACGUCUUCGCAGGCUCUCAAGGCCGCUACAACCACCUGAGUCUCCGCUCCAGCCGGAUAGACAGGAACAAGAAAAUAUUUUACGCCGAGGAUUGCAUGUUUAACAUCUGCGAACACGUUCCGAGUUACCCGGAGGCGGAGGUCUCGAACUUGAUCAAAACACACCCAGAACUGCAUUCGUUUUUCAGAGGGAGGAUCAUCCAGCCGACGAAGGUGAUGACGCUAGGGACUAGGUACAACCAUGAAGGGCCGACGCCCUUUUGCUCUACCAAAGACGAGUCGGUCGUUCCCAGGCAGAUGACGGACGUCGAUGGGGUGACGAGGCUCAUCGCCAACGUCGAAGAGUUCUCCCAGGUGGUGUCGUACCAGGUUUGCCGAUAUAACAAUGACGAACAGUGCUACCUGAUGAAUACUCUUGGAUUUAAGACAAGCUGCCUGCAGAAAUUCAACGAUAUUAAGCUGGUGACGGUGAAGAAUCCGGGCCGUCCGGACCAUGAGUUGGAGUUCCGGGUUUUUAGCGUUCCGAGUACCUGCGUCUGCACUUACACCAUGACUGAAGAAUUUAAGUAAUAUUUAAACAAUAUUAUAUAU